AUGCCAACAGUUUCUGAAGUAGCAGGCUUAAUAAUUGGUGAUUUUAGUGAAGCAAACUACCAACGCGACAUUAUUGUAGAGCAUCGAACUAAUGGACUUCAGAGGAUCACUGAUUUGCAUCCAAGUUUCAUGUCUAUGACAUAUCCAUUGAUACACCCUUAUGGUGAAGAUGGAUAUAGAAUUGAUAUACCCUUAAGAGACUUAAAUCAGACCCCUUUUAAGAGGCAAAAGUUGACAAUGAGGCAACAUUAUUGCUUCAGGUUGCAGCAAAGAUUAAAUGAGGGGCACACUCUUCUCCGAGCUGGUAGACUACUACAACCAUAUAUAGUUGAUUCUUACAUGGCAAUUGAAGAAGAAAGAUUCCGUUGGAUACGAAAUAAUAAAAAAAAACUCAGAUCUGACCUUUACUCUGGCCUGAUGGAUGCUGUUCAUCGAGGUGAUUCAGAUUGUUCAAAAGUCGGAAAAUCAAUUAUCUUGCCUUCAUCACACACUGGGGGACCACGAUAUAGAGUACAAAAUUACCAAGAUGCAAUGGCCAUUUGUAAAUGGGCAGGAUAUCCUGAUUUUUUUCUUACUUUCACUUGCAACCCAAAGUGGCCAGAAAUAAAUAAUAUGCUGCAUUUAAUUGGGCAAAAAGAUGAUGACAAUCGAGUGGAUAUCAUAUGCAGAGUUUUUGAGAUAAAGUUAUUCCAACUAAUGCAGGAUCUCAAAAAAGGAAAACCAUUUGGAAAAAUAAUCGCAUGUCUUUACACAAUUGAGUUUCAAAAGAGAGGCUUGCCCCAUGCACAUAUACUGCUUUUCUUACACCAAACAAUGAAAAAUCCAUCAGCAAAUCAUAUUGAUGAAAUAAUAAGUGCAGAAAUCCCAGACAUAAAUAUCGAUCCUGAUGGUUACAAUGCAGUCAACAAAUUUAUGAUUCAUGGACCAUGUGGCAAGCUCAAUCCUAACUCUCCGUGUAUGAUUCAAGGAAAGUGCACAAAAUAUUUCCCAAAAAAAUUCAAAGACCAAACGAUUGUUGAUGCCGAUGGCUUUCCAGUUUACAAAAGGCGAAAUACAGGUAUCCAUGUUGAAAAGAAAAAUGUCUUCUUAGAUAAUCGAUAUGUGGUCCCUUAUAAUAGGAAUUUGAUUGUUAAAUAUGAUGCACAUAUUAAUGUUGAUGUUUGCAAUUACUCAAGAUCAAUCAAAUAUCUAUUUAAGUAUGUCCAUAAAGGGUCUGAUAGAACAACAGCAAUAAUGGAAUCUAUUGACACUACCGAAGAAAUAGAUGAGAUCAAAACAUAUCUUGACUGUAGAUAUAUAUCAGCAACUGAAGCUUGCUGGAGAAUCUUCCAAUUUGACAUACAUUACAGACAGCCAGCCGUCGAAAGAUUAGCAUUCCAUUUGCCUGGAGAGCAUACAGUAGUAUUUGAAGAAAAUAAUUGCACCGAAAAUGUGCUUUGCCGACCUAGAAUAGAGAAAACAAAGUUCACUGAAUGGUUAGAGACAAAUAAGAAUUAUGAGGAUGCGCGUGACCUAACUUAUUCUGAUUUUCCUACACGUUGGGUUUGGAAUUCAAAAGACAAAACAUGGACGAGGAGAAAAAAUGGCAUAGCAAUUGGAAGAAUUUACUUUGCACAUCCUUCAACUGGAGAACGCUUCUACAUGAGAAUGAUGCUCAACUUUGUCAAAGGAAGUACUUCGUUCGAAAGCAUUAGAACAGUAAAUGGAGUGACAUAUCCUACUUUUAAAGCUGCAUGCUAUGCUUUGGGAUUAUUAGACAAUGAUAAAGAGUGGAUCGAUUGCUUGACUGAAGCUUCAAUUUGGGCAACCGGAAAUGAAUUAAGGCAUCUAUUUGUCAUGAUACUCAUUCAUUGUCAGGUUUCCGAUGCAUCACAACUUUGGAAAUCUAAUUAUACUGCAUUGUCAGAAGACAUGGUUUCAUUACAAAGGAAGAGAUUCAAAAUGAAGGACCUUCAACUAACUGAACAACAAGUGGAAGCAUACACAUUGUUCGAAAUUGAAGGUAUAAUGUUGAAGAUGGGAAAAAGUCUGAAAGAAGUAGAUGGAAUGCCUCUACCUAAUUCUUCUUUGAUGAGAGACUCGGGUAAUAGAUUGGUCAAUGAAGAGCUUGACUAUGACAAAGAUCAAUUAAAAAUAUUUCAUGCAAAAUCAUUUGCUGCUCUAAAUCCUUGCCAGAAGUCAGCUUAUGAAGCAAUGACAGCUCAUUCACGGUUUCGUAUUCCCUUGGAUGUAACAGAAGAGUCAACUUGCGAAAUUCGACACGGGACCCAAUUAGCUGCACUUCUUAUGAAAACCUCCUUGAUCAUUUGGGAUGAGGCACCUAUGGAAAAUAAGUUCUGCUUUGAAGCUUUAGAUAAGACCUUAAGAGAUAUUUUAAAAACAAGGUAUGAAAAUAGUACUACCAAACCUUUUGGAGGACUUACAGUGGUAUGUGGUGGUGAUUUCCAUCAAAUAUUGCCAGUUGUCCCAAAGGGUACAAUAGCUGACAUUGUUGAUUCUUCUCUUAAUUCAUCCUACUUGUGGUCAUUUUUUAAAGUAUAUCAGCUCAACCAAAAUAUGAGGCUCUAUAAUGGAAGUGUCAGUAGCUCCGAGGUUGCUAAAAUAGCUUCUUUUGACAAAUGGUUGUUGCAGGUUGGAGAUGGUACAUUAUAUGAUGACAUUGAUAGAGAAUUAAUUAAAAUUCCUUCUGAUAUAUGCAAAAAACCAUAUGAAGAUCCAAUGAAAUCUAUAGUGGAAGCUAUUUACCCUUCACUUUUGCAUAAGUACAAUGAUCCAGCAUAUUUGAAAGAAAGAGCUAUAUUAACGCCAAAAAAUGAAAUGGUUCAUGAGAGUUAA